AUGAUGGACAGUCAUAUCAAUCAAAGGGUAAAUAGGGGGGACCGUAUCCCGCAUGGGAUCACCCCCCGGCAUAGCGGAGCGGAAGGGAACCCGACGCCCAACAUGGUGGCCACUCUGGCGCACGCAGUAGGAACAGCGCAGCCCCUGUGCCGCCUCCCUUCCUCGUCCUAUGCGCGGGCCCCCUCCGCUGCUGUUCCCCUGCUGCCGCUGCGGCCGCGCGUGCGCUGCAAUGCAGCAGCACCCAGCUUUUUGCCCUACCCCCUCGCCUCUGCUGGCUCGCUAGGCGCCUCGUCGCGCCUGUUGCGCAGUGCCGCCCUGCGCCAUGGGCCCGCUGCGCUGCGCCCUGCGGCGGCCCCUGCGCGGGGGGCGGGGGUGCGGUGCGCGUACGAGGGCGAGAAGGUGCUGGUGGCUAACCGCGGCGAGAUUGCGGUGCGCAUCAUCCGCACGUGCAAGGAGAUGGGCAUCCCCGUGGUGGCUGUGUACAGCACCAUCGACGCCAACGCGCUGCACGUGUCGCUGGCGGACGAGGCGGUGUGCAUCGGCGAGGCGCCGUCCAAGGACAGCUACCUCAACAUCCCCAACAUCGUGGCCGCCGCCAUGAGCCACAACUGCACCAUGCUGCACCCCGGCUACGGCUUCCUCGCAGAGAACGCCACCUUCGCCGACAUCUGCCUCGACCACGGCCUCAACUUCAUCGGGCCCAAGUCGGACAGCAUGCGGCUGAUGGGCGACAAGGCGACGGCGCGCGAGACCAUGAAGGCGGCCAGCGUGCCCACGGUGCCGGGGUCGGACGGGCUGAUCAGCGACGUGGGCGAGGCGGAGGUGCUGGCGGCGCAGAUCGGGUUCCCCAUCAUGAUCAAGGCCACGGCGGGGGGCGGCGGGCGCGGGAUGCGGCUGGUGCAGGAGCCGGCCGACUUUGUGAAGCUGCUGAACCAGGCCAAAAGCGAGGCGGGCGCCGCGUUCGGCAACGACGGGUGCUACCUGGAGAAGUACAUCACGAACCCGCGGCACAUCGAGUUCCAGGUGCUGGCGGACAAGCACGGCAACGCCAUCCACCUGGGCGAGCGCGACUGCUCCAUCCAGCGGCGCAACCAGAAGCUGCUCGAGGAGGCGCCGUCGCCCGCGCUCAGCGACAAGCUGCGCAAGGCCAUGGGCGACGCGGCGGUGGCGGCCGCGAGCAGCAUCGGGUACGUCGGGGUGGGCACCAUCGAGUUCCUGCUGGACGAGAACGGCACCGACUUCUACUUCAUGGAGAUGAACACGCGCAUCCAGGUGGAGCACCCCGUGACGGAGAUGAUCAGCGCCGUCGACCUGAUCGAGGAGCAGAUCCGCGUGGCCAUUGGCGAGAAGCUGCGCUACACCCAGGACGACAUUGUGUUGCGCGGCCACUCCAUCGAGUGCCGCAUCAACGCGGAGGAUGCCUUCCAAAACUUCCGCCCCGGCCCAGGGCGCAUCACGCGGUACCUGCCGGCGGGGGGUCCCUUCACGCGCAUGGACAGCCACGUGUACGCCGACUACCUCGUGCCGCCCAGCUACGACUCCCUCCUCGGCAAGCCCUCCUAG